AUGCAGAAAGAGUCUGUUGUAAGCUCCCGCCCAGACCGCGAAUUACGGAAAGAAGUGAUUACACCGGGCGACUUCAAUGUAGUUCCUUACGAAGAUUCCCGAUGCAGCGUUAAAAUAACUGAUAUUACAUGUAAAAAUGCGAGUGGACCUUGUGAAAUUGAGCCUGAGAGUUAUGUUUUCAGUGAUGGUUUUGAUGGUAACGUUCUGAUUGGAGACAGUGACUGUUUCUUAGAUAAAGACUUUGAAUUGAUUUUGCAGCAGAUGUGUUGUGGUGAAACUUGUGUAGCUACUAUGGUCUACAGAAACGGUGAGGGCGUGUUUGUGAAAGAGAUAUCUUGUAAAAUAGAAUUGUGUGAUGUCACGGAGGAGCAGCUAAUCAGCGAUUGGGGAAUGGAUAGGCUGUAUGAAGGUGCUGUGCAUCAUAAGACGAGAGGAGUAGAGCUGGUCAAAGAGAAAAGGAUAGUAGAUGCAUUCAGAAGAUUUAACAAGUCACUUAAAAUGCUCAUAGCUACAGAACCAUUGGACCCGGAAACUGUCAGUGAAAAGACUGUUAACGAAAUGAUGGAUCUUAAGGUUAAAUUGUACAACAACUUGGCUCACUGUCAAUUACAAUUCAAUGAAUAUAGUGCUGCGUUGGACCUUGUUAAUAAAACACUGAAGCUAGACCCACAGAACGAUAAAGCUUUAUACAGAAGAUGUUUGGCCUACUCAGGACUAAAUAUGUACGAAGAAGCCUGGAAGGACAUACAGCAUGUACUCACGCUUGACCCAGAAAACAAGGCCGCACAGCAAAAGGCCAAUACUCUGAAGCCGAUCAUUGAAAAAAUUAAUAAUGACUAUGCUAAUGUAAUUAAAAAAAUGUUUGUCUGA